AUGUCAUACAGACGAGAACUAGAGAAGUACCGUGACUUGGAUGAAGACGAAAUCCUUGGGGCCCUAACAGAGGAAGAGCUCAGAACUCUGGAAAAUGAGCUGGAUGAACUAGACCCUGAUAAUGCACUGCUGCCCGCAGGCCUGAGGCAGAAGGAUCAAACCACCAAGGCGCCCACAGGCCCCUUUAAAAGAGAGGAGCUCUUGGAUCACUUGGAAAAACAAGCAAAGGAAUUUAAGGACCGAGAAGAUCUGGUCCCCUACACAGGGGAGAAACGAGGGAAGGUCUGGGUGCCCAAGCAGAAGCCGAUGGAUCCUGUGCUGGAGAGCGUGACGCUGGAGCCGGAGCUGGAGGAAGCCUUGGCAAAUGCCUCGGACGCAGAGCUCUGUGACAUCGCAGCUAUCCUGGGCAUGCACACGCUCAUGAGCAACCAGCAGUACUACCAGGCCCUGGGCAGCAGCUCCAUCGUGAACAAGGAGGGACUCAACAGUGUCAUUAAACCUACACAAUACAAGCCUGUGCCCGACGAAGAACCUAACUCAACAGACGUAGAGGAAACGCUGGAGCGGAUAAAGAACAAUGACCCGAAACUUGAAGAGGUUAACCUCAAUAACAUCCGGAAUAUCCCCAUUCCCACCCUCAAGGCCUACGCAGAAGCCCUGAAAGAAAACUCGUAUGUGAAGAAGUUCAGCAUUGUGGGGACGAGGAGUAAUGACCCCGUAGCGUAUGCCCUUGCUGAGAUGCUCAAGGUGAACAAGGUGUUGAAGACGCUGAAUGUGGAAUCCAACUUCAUUUCUGGAGCUGGGAUCCUGCGCCUGGUGGAAGCCCUCCCGCAUAACACUUCUCUGGUGGAACUGAAAAUUGAUAACCAGAGCCAGCCCCUGGGCAACAAAGUAGAAAUGGAGAUCGUGAGCAUGUUGGAGAAAAACACAACACUCCUCAAAUUCGGCUACCACUUUACUCAGCAAGGUCCCCGGCUUCGGGCCUCCAACGCGAUGAUGAGCAACAACGACCUUGUGAGAAAGAGGAGGCUCGCAGACUUGACUGGGCCCAUCAUUCCCAAGUGCCGGAGUGGCGUGUAGUGUGUGGUGGUGAAGACCACGCCUUUUGAACUGGACAUGUUCUACUGACAACCUGUGCUCUGCUGUGGAAACCAGAAGGCAAAUGCGGCACCAAAAAACCCUUUUGUGGUUCAGUUCUUUAUGCACUAAGGUUUUAGGUUAAUUAGUGGUUGUAGUUGAAAAUUUUAUAAUAUGGUAAUGUGAAGUGUUCCUUUAGUCACAGAAGUUCAGUCUGGUUAUUAUUUAAAAGCCAAGAGACCCUCCAACCAGCAGAUCUUAUGGAAGACAUUAUAGCAGCAGUGACAAUCCCAGGAGCCCAGUGCCAGUGGCCUUACUGUGUGGUGUUUCAGGUGUAACAAACAGUACACUCUUCCACAUGACUUAGACAUUAUAUUUUAUUACACAUUUAAUGUUGGCUAUUUAGAAAAAAAGAACAGGUAAUCAUUUUUAUUAGCCCUCCUGUAAAUUUUAAGAACUUCCAGAUUAAAGUUGCCAAAUUGAUUACCUAGAUCAAGAAUAUAAUGUUCCCCUCAAGACAGACUCAAGCCACAGAGCUCUGCCAGGAAUCAAAGACCCCAAGAUUCCUUUUGUCAAAUUACGAAGAAAUGAUAGAAAAAGCUGAUGGUGAAAUUUCAAGUUUCAAUACCACCCUUUCACUGACCCAAGGCAACAAUCAUCCCUGAGUGUUCCUUAUGACUCUUUGGGAUAUAUAUACAAUUGAAUACCAGAGUCAGAAGGGUUUUCUUCCUUAUUGAAUGCCAGCCUUAUGAUGGACAUGGACAUCUAUGGCCAAAUACUUGGGAACACCUUUCUAUCGUGCAGUGGGCAGAUGGCUUAUGUGAGGUGAAACUCUAGAGGGAUAAAUUUCCAGUCCAUGGGAGUUAUGAUAUUCAAUGAACAAGCUUACAGACUUCCAACUACCUGUCCUGUCACUUUUUAGAAAAUCACUUGUCUCAUGUCUGUAAAUUAAACUUCUGAAGGAUGAUGGUGAAGAAAAUCCAGAUAUUAGAGAAUGAGAAAAUUCUGGCCAAACCACCCCAAGAUAACUAUUCUGAAAUGGAAUUUUGGUAUUUCUGCCAGAUCCCUUUUAAACAUCAUGUGAAUCUCUUGGGAUGUAGAAAAAAAUGUUCAGUCACAACGCCCUUGUGCCUUUUCACACACCACAGUGCCAGUUAAACUAGCAAUCUUACUUCUUGUUUUGGGGGGAGUUAUUUUCAUUAGUGACUCAGCAAGCCUUCUGAUAAAGAACAAGGCCAAAGAGCUGAUGAGCAGAUUAAACGGCAGAGCACUGACCAAGAAGGCUUUUGGUGAAAAACGAAAUGUCUCGUGCACUAAACUAUCAAGGACAUGGACAGCACAGGGUAACUAGAGGGUGAGCCAGGGCCUCGUCACUAUCAAGAGUGUCUCCUGAGGCUGCAGAUGGGCCUAAGAGUGGCACCAUGCUGCAGGGACGGCCAUCCCCACUUGGCUUCUCCUUGAAACACAACUGUAGCUGCAUUCUGCAUCACUGGAAACUGCAAUAUAAUAUUAAAUCUGUUGGUCUA